ACGUACAUAUAUAUAAAUUAAUGUAGUACAAUCUGUGUGAUAAUAACAGUGUAUGCACUAUGGGAUCGGCCGAUGAAACCAACGAUAUGGAAGCUAAUGCAACAUAUGCCAGCGACAGUGAAGUGGGUGGUGAACAAUCUGAGAAUACCCCUGGCAAUAUCUCGGAUGCAAAGCAAACAACAGACAACACAGUUGAACAACCACAGACACACGAUGCAAGCGAUAGUACACAGACGCACGGGGAGUCUGUAUCAAAUGAACCGGUUAUUCACGAUGUGGAUGCACACAAAGAUGAGUCUGAGGAGGUUGUUGGUGUGUUAGAAGAUCAGAGGGUAAGGCGAGAGGAUGAGGCAGAGGCGAUGGAUAUGGAUAUACACAAUACUACAGACGUAUCGGAAAGUGUGCAAAACGUGGAUACUAUAAAUGCGGUGGACACUGACACACAAACAAGCAGCGUGGAUACUUCUGUACAGGAACCAAGUACAGAUAGUUCAACGCGAGCAGAUCGUAGUACACCCGACGCUACAUCUGUAGUAGCGCAGAUCUCGGAUACAGUUGUCGUAGACCAUACCAGUAUAUCUACUGCAGGCCAGAUACCUACCGAUGCAUUAGAUACUGAUGGGAACGUAGGAAAGGAAGAGGAGGCUGUGCCUAUGGAUAGUAAGGAGAAUGUUGAGCAGGACACUAAGUAUGUGCUAGACAACCUGGUGGGCGAGACAGAGCAGGUAUCUCCGCAACCACCGCACGUCCCACCCACCCAAAGUACUGCAGACGCUACACCGGGAACUGCCACAGAUGUACCCGAUGCCUACACAGAGGAGGUUGUCGCAGCUGACCAAGCUGGCAUUGACCAACCUACACAGACACAGACACAGACACAGACCCAGGACGACUCUACAGAUACCCCACAGCCGAAGAUGGAGCGAGUGAGUGAGAAGGAGCCAGCCGCACACGACUCUGCUCAGCCGAGUGUGGCCAGUUCGGUGACUGAGAAGACCGACACACCACGGGAUGUACACGCAGACGCACAUACACACACACAGCAAGACACACACACGCAGACACAUACGCCAGCCCCAACACAGCCAACGGAACAGAAACAAGGCCCUGGCAAGAGUGUGCAAUUGAGCGAGGAGUCAGGUGUGGGGCAGGCGAGUGGUAGUGUGCGGGUGGUACAUGCAGACACGGCCGACCCGAUGGAUGAGGUUGUGAGCGAUAACGCCCCGAGUGCGCAGAAGGCGCCGACGGAGAAGACUAUGCCGAUACCAAAGAAAGCCACAG